GUUAAGUUUUAUAAUGGAGAGGAGUAAAUCAGAGUCAAGCGAGGAUCUAAAGCAAAGCCAGUCCUCUAGCAGCCCUUCAAAGGAGAAGAGCAGUAAGAAUAAGUCAGGUAAGCCUUCCAGGAAGUCCUCUGCCAAUAUAAGCUCAUAUUCUCACAAAGAUGCAUCCAGCUCUAAUGACGAUAAGCACCAGAGUAAUGAAGAAGAGGAUGAGUAUAAGUACUCUAACGAUUCCAUUCAGGAAAAUAAGGAUCAGAGUCCACCCAGAAAAGCACGGAUGCGUAGACGUCAGAGGGUUAAUUAUCAGGAGAACGACGAACAUCACCAUUUCGACAACAUGCAUUCAACCAAUGAGUCUGAAAAGUACAGGCAUGUGUACUGUAAGAACCAUGAUUCAGAGAAAAAGGAGCCAGUCAAGGUGCUUAUCUCCUUCCAGGCAAAAUUCUUAAUGAACAUCCAUGCUCACCUCUUUGAAAAUGAAAUCAUUGGCUUUACUGGUGGAUAUGUCAUUGAUGACAAGGCAGGAAACUCUAAAUAAAGAUUCAGAAUCGAUAUUGUGAAUCCAUGACUGAUUCCCCUGAGAAGCUCUCCAAUGAGAUGGAUCAGUUGAUCGGACAAAAACAGUCGAUUUAGAUCCAGAAUCUGCUAACCAAGAGUACGAAAAAGCAUCAGAAAUGAGUCAAGAACUUCUUGGUUGGUACCAUAGCCAUCCUAGGUUCAUUGUGGAGCCAUCUGUGAUAGAUGUAAAUAACCAGAGACUAUAUCAAAAGCAAUGGAACAAAGGGAAUAAACCAUUUGUAGGGUUUAUUGUGGGAACUUACAACAAAGAUAUUAAAACCGCAAUAAGUUUGAACAAAUGAUUCCAUUUACCAAAGAAUAUAGAACACCCUUACAACAUUGAGCCUUCACUAAUCCCUCAAAAAUACAUAGACAGCCAUAUCCUCAAAUAGGGCUGAAGAGCUCCUAAACCACCCUGAACUCGACUUGAGCCUCCAUAAACAAUGGAAGGGUUCUAUCACCAAACUCCAGCGCUUCAAGAGCUGUCUCAUCGCUCUCACCCGCGAAAACACCACCGAAGACCCCUCGGUCCUCUUCCCUUACCUAAAACACCUCUCAUUACCCACAAAAAUCCCUCCUUCAGAAUCAGACACCCAUCUCGCCCUCAUCAAGCAAGUCUACGGCCAAGAUCCCAACCUUGAAUUCCCAGAUUCCUUCCUGACCAAAAUCCAUGCUGACCAGGCUGCCAAAAUUCCAGUCGCUGACUUCCUCACUCAGAUUUUGGCUAAGAUAGAUGCGAUCCUUGAGAAGAGACUUAACCUUGGAGCUAAAUAUCAACAAAUAGCUAUAGUCCCUAUGACUCCUCUAAGCAGCAUUGAAGAAGGCAGCGAAGACAGUGAAGACAAAGCUAAUAUCCAAGUGAGCCUAAAAUGGGACAAAAACAACAAGGCUGAAAACACUGAAAAGAAGACUAAAAAGGGUACCAAAGCCUACAAAGGCAAGAAAGCCUUCAAACCCAAGAAGAAAGAGACUCCUUCUUCAGAAAAGAAGGAGCCCAGGGACCUUAAAGAGGAGUCGAAAGAAGAAACAAAAGAGGAGAAAAAGGAAAAGAAGGAUAAAAGCAAAAGUAAAUCUAAAAGUAAAAAGCCUUUAAGCAGACAAGACACCUCUAAAGUUCCUCCUCUCAACCAGAUUUCCCAAAUGCUCCCUCACACACCCCAAAUCCAGGCCAAUCCCGCUCUCAACACUCAACUGUUCCUUCUCAAACUUCAGCAAUUCCAGCAUUAUCAAAAUCUCCAAAAGGCUCAAGCUCAAAAUGCUCAAAAUGUUCAAAAUGUUCAGAAUGGUCAGAAUGGCACCCCAACUCUAAGCACUCCUUUCAUGAACAACCGGCAGCCGCCUACAUCAAUUCCUGAUUUCCUUCGUCGAAACAUCCUGGCUACUCUAAGCCCACCUACACCACAGAUUCCGUCUGCGUCUAACAAAACAAUCCAAGAAAUCCUCCAAAGGAUCCACCACCACAAAGUCAAGCUCCUCGGCGUAAAAGAACGUCAAAAGAAGUGUUACGAAGAUGCCCUCUCAAAUAUGUGAAGUCUGAUUCUGAUGUACAAGAAUUUAGUGGAGGCAAGAAGGGAUAAGCAGUUCUGCUCCUGCCAUAAGGAUCAAAAAUAAUUAAUUGAGUGUGAGUGGAGGAGGG